CCAGGUUUGAGCCAGUUGUUGACAGCUGACGGUUUAUUUUGCUCACCUUGUUUACAUUACUUUCUCCUGAUCUGCACACAUUUUGCAGAAAAAUUAUAAAGUAACUUAGUUUUUGCAAAUCAUAUACGUGUUUUCUUUGAUUCUCUUAAUAAUUGUUUUACGCAUGUAGGAUUAGUUGCGGCCUUUCCUCACUAAUAAUUUUUUGAAUCAUCUCCAACAUCUGAAAUGGGAGAACCACCAAAUAAAAUUAUUAAGAUUACGCCGGAUGAAUUACUAAAAGAAAAAUUACUGCAUUAUUUUGACCAAUUUUCGACGGACGUGAGAUCUGGGGUAUUUGUGUUACAGGGAAAUUUUCGAAAACAAUAUAUUUUUGUGCCAACAAUUGGCGUUAGACUUAUUGAGUCUGGGAAACUUAUUAAAUUUCCGUUGCAAGAGGAUGAAGUGGCCGUGGAGGAAUUUGCGGCUUCAGAAUUCGAGAUCAUCCUUCACGAGGAUUGGACUAACUUAGAAAACAUGAUAGCAAACUUAAUCCUAGACAAAUUCCAUUUCCCCAACAGCGCCAGAGUUUCAACUUCUUUACAAAAACUGAUCAUCCAAAAACCCGGCAGUAAAUUUCCCUCAAAUCUGCAAACCUUAUUUCCCACCCGUCUAAAGAAGUUGUUGCAAAAUCCCAAAAAUCCCUGCCAUCCGUUCCUUUUGGUCAUCUCGUCAUCCAACUUCCCUCCCACUACACCGGUGGACGCUUCUGUUUUGGUCUUAACGGAAAGGUCGAACAAUUUGACCUCUCUGCCAGCCUUACCACAAGGGCCGGCUGGACCUCAAACUUUCUCGCGUAUUACCCUCACCUCGACCAGGAUCACGACAUCAUCUCGUCUGGCGUCCGGUCCUGUUUAAUCUACAACUUGGAAAUACAAACAAGCCCCACGUUUAAAUUACCGAGGGCCCCCACCAUUGAAAAUAUUGUGCCAACUUUCACCCAAAUAAUUGCCGAAUGGAGGUCCGCCCAUCAAAAACACACUGCCAAAGUGUUACCAAUUGCGUGCCCUGAUAAACGUUACGAUAUCUCGGCCAUACCCGCAUUUCUUGGAGAGACCCUGCGGGCGAAUGGAGUUACUUUAUGUAUGGGCCAGAAAGUUUCACAGAAUGAAGGUGUAGAGUUGUAUUUCUAUGCCCAGGUGAAAAUGUGGGCAGGUGUGGAUGUCCUAAGUGAAGAAGCGUUCAACAAUUUUUUGCUCGACGAAGGAUCCCACAAGGACCAAUUCAUCCACUUAGAGUUCAAACUGGAAAACGAUAACUAUACAAUUUACAGUAAUAAUAUGAUCCUCCUCGUUUUAUCGGGUGACGACCAUCAAGAUAUUUUCCAAAAUGAAAGUUGGAUUAAGACCCGGAAAUUUUGGAGAUUUCAAAGUUACUUGUUUCUAGCCAGGCAUAAAAAUACAAAGAAGAAUAGCAUCCAACUUCUCCACGAUGCUAACACCCUGUUAUCUCUCGAGUUCGAGAACGAAACUGCAAGCUUGGGGAAUUUCCGAGAUGAUUUAUUCCCAAAGAGUGUACAUUUCCAAAAUCUCGUCGAUAAAUUUCACCUCCUCACGGAUACCCAGCCACUUACUAAACUAUUCAAACUUUGUCAGGAAAAGUCCGAUUUUACAAAAAUGUUUCCCUCUCUUUUGAAUUCUGCAGUGUCCUGGGAUAUUUUAAAACCCGUGUUACAAGACUAUUUCCCGAUGCAAGAAAUCCAAUCUGGGGAGCAAUUUUUAAGCAAGGUUCUACAUUUCAGAUUAUUCGUCGAUGUCGAGUCAACUGACAAGAUGCGGAACGAUUUUAAACUCGAAACCUUUGAAUCCUGCCUUUUAACCUUCCAAAGAUUAAAAACCGCUCGAAAAUUUGCUAAAACAGCUGAAAAAACGGGAACAAUUCGAGAGUUCUUCUUAAUCGCGGAGCGUCUGCGGUACAAUCUGUUUGAAUUUGCGAAAUCCUUGUGUCCCACGUUGCUCAGGAUGUCCUUAUUUUCGAAAAAGGUGGUGAAAGACAAGCUCGGAGUAAUGUUCGUCCAACUCGUCACGGAUCUGUAUUGUUGCACAAACAUGACACAAAACUGGCAGAGGGAGGCCGAGUGGUGGAUUUUACUCAGAUACUUUCAAGUCGCUGAAAAAGUUGAGGCUGAUAUCACCCAUAUUUUAGGAAAUGUCAAGAAAUACGCCGUCUUGGUAAAGGCCCUCGACGGUUUGUCAUGUUUAGAAGAGGGUGAGAUGUAUUAUGACGAACAUAAUGAAUGGGGAGGAUCACUAUCCAAGUUUUUGGCUUCCAUUUGUAUCCAAGUUAGAGGCACGGAUUGAAGCCGUCUUGGCUUCUUCUAGUGAGGAUGAAAAGUUCAAUGAUUUUAUUAAUGCUGACACUCUGACGGAAAUUAGGACAGUAUUGGAAAAUAUGCAGGAGGAAGAGAAUAGUGGUUAAAAUUGAAAUUUUAACCACUUAAACCUUUGAAUUUAUAUGAGUUUCAAAAACAAUAACACAAUUUUGAAAGCCGGUCGCAGGUUUCGGAGGAAAAAAUAAUAAUAUAAACAGUCGUAAAAUACAUGUGCGAAAAUAAGUAUACGUCUUCCGUUUUGCGUGUUUAUUUUAUCAUGGACUUUUCGGAAAACGUAGCUAACAUACUGACCGAUUAGACUAGAUGUCUAUGUAUUAAGAAAUUACAAACUGCAAAAUUUGCAGCCAUGCCAGGUCGAAGGCCCUAGACCUCAAUCCAAAUCCGAGACUAUGUCAUCCAGUAUUGGAAAGGCGAUGACAAUGGGGUAAGUCUUAUCAGGAAGGCAUUGAUUUCCUUAAAAUUGGAUAGCCAACAGUUCAGAAGAUUAUUCAAAAGUGCAAGACGACAGGGAGGAUCGAAGACUUUAAAGGACGAGGCCCAAAACCGAGCUUCAAAAAUAUGUACUGUGCAACAGUACAGUGUUCGUAAAGUGAAGGUUAAUCCAAGGUUAUCGGCAUCAUCAAUCUUAUCCAAUAUUGGGGACACUUCAAGACAACAAGCAAAUCAGUUUACCAUAGCGAUAGUCCCGAAAAUCACAGGCUAAAAAAUUGUGCAGCUAAAAAGAAACAUUUCAUCACCAAACGGAUUUUGAAGAAACGGCUUGCAUUGGCUCAUGAGCAUUUUUCCAAGGACCAAAGUUUCGAAUUCGUCCUUCAGGGCUGAAUAGGUUGAAUAGGUUUAGGUUUACUUUCCCAAGACUACAAAAUUGAAUUAAUUUGAGAUUAAUCGUCCCAAGUUGCCAAUUUUUUAGAUUUCAUACUUCCAAGAAAGGUAAAAAUGAUAAACCCCAGCGGAAUUCACACUGUUUACUUUUUGAAUUACUUACUCCAAUCUGUAGUUAACCUGAAAACAAAACUAAAUCUGGAUUAACGUAGCCCUACUUCACUUUCGCAAUACAUCCUCAGACCUUUAUUCAACCAAUACUAAAGGGCUACUUAUUCUUGGUUGAUUGAUUGAUAGGUUUUUAUUAAAGCAGUCGUAUAAGCGUCAGCGUACUGUUUACUUAAAAGCUAGCACUGUUCUAAACGUACCCCGAACAAUUCCUUGUACAAAUUUUAGAUGCGUUUUUCUUGUAAUCCUAAUGUACCCCGAAUAUCCAAUACACAUCGUUUUACAACUCCUUCUAAACUUUCCUAUAUAUUUUUUACUUCCUCUCUUCCUUAGGUAAAUAUGGCCAUCUGUCUUCCAAGAGAGUAAACAGUAACCAGAUGCACUUGGCAACUUUGCCAUCGCGUCCAGCAAAAAUAACCAGGCAACCACUUUCGACAGCAUGGCAAGGAACAAUACCUUUGUCAUGGUAUCCGCCCUGUCACCGCCAACAAUGACCGUAUAUCCCACAGAAAUUGCGAGCUUGCCAAAUAUCAUGUGAAACCAGGGGAUGAACGGACCUAUGAUUUAGGAAAGCCCUUGGCUCAUAAGCUGCAAAGAUUUCCAAACAAUUGACAAAUUUUCGACGUUGUGUCGAAGCAUGGACAUCAGAAUAUACAAAAAGUAUAGUAUUUUAUAAUGAUAAGAUAGCUUAUCGAUGUAGUUAGGAAGGUGCAUUUCAUGCUGAGGGAAUACAAGGAGGUAGCCAAGUUCGAUUAGCGGGAGCAAGUUUAGCGCUUUGUUGGACAAACCUGAAAUGAAGAGCCAUUUUUCGGUAAAGUUUUUGAUAGCAGGCGACAUAUUGUGGACCUCCUGACGAACCAAAAUCUUCAAAUUUUGUACUAAAGUUGUACUUAUAGAUUAAUGCGUAUAUACCGUUAAAAUGUGAAGCCGAUUGGUAUUAAUUUUAUACAAAUCGUUUGCACAAAAUUCGCACCAACAAAUUCUUACUACAACCUUACUUGUACAAAAUAUGUACAAAAUUAGCACUACUAAAUAUGCACGAAUUCUGUGAGAAUUUGAUGAUUAUGAAUACGCAUUAAUGUGGUGAGAAUUUAGUAUGAAUUUAGUACGAAUUCAAUGCAAAUCUUGUGCUAGUGAUACGCAUCAAAUUAAUACAUAUUUAUUUAUACCAAAUUUUCAUCUAUUUAUUAUUAACUCAGCUGUAUAUGAUUAUACAUAAGUCUUAGAGUUAUUUAGUCUCCAACUACAAUAUUAUUUAAAGAUGAAUUACAAAUGGGGAUACAAAAGUAUUUAUCGUCUUGAAUAGGCAGAAUUAUACAUUUGCGACGCAAAGCGCAAUAAGAAAUUAAAAUACACUUGUUAGAUAGGUCGCAUAAAAUACAUAUGUCUAACUUCGAACUCUUACAAGGAUAAAAUUUUUGUCGCUAUCACUAUUACUACUUAAACUAAAAUUAUCACCCUCCAUGUUCAAGUUAUUUCUGAGAAUAUCUUCGCUGUUUUCAUUAUUCAGCGUGAUGACUGGGUACGGCAUCGUUGUUGUCGGCGAUAUUGUCCGUAUCCGUUUCAGUGCUUGCUGAAGUUGUUGCUCUGCCUGUUUGUCGUGAUGUCAGCAUUUUUUAUCUUGGACGUAAUUUUCAUGCGGAACCAACAGCCCAUUUGUUGAUUGAUUUGGGAAUCUUUCACUUGUGAAUUUCCACUUUUAACAGCAUCUGUUAAAUAAAUAAUAAAGUAUGUAUAAAUAAGCCAUAAGUAUUCGUUUUUUUAUUUAUAAAGACAAGUAAAAAAAUAAGUGACCUCGAACAAGUUUAGCUGACAAUCGAUUUUCGAAAGGUAUCUUGUUAUUCCUAUCCGUGAUGCGAAUUUUGCUACGAAGAUCAUUCGCUAUCAUUGAAGAAAGCAUGGCGUACACAUCUUGGGCCAAAGUUUUUCCAUUAUUUUUUGAAAGGAAACCUGAAAUUUGUAGAAGGGUGUUAUAUGUUUCUCACUCAUUUGCAUUGCAUAACCAUAAAGAAAUACGUUUUCUUUGCAUGCACAUACAUACCUCUUUAUUGUAAAUGGUUUUUUCAGUUUUCAGUAUCGCUUCAAUUUGUUCCAACUCUUCCAAUGUCUUCGCUGGCCAAUUUAUGUUUGUAUUGUCUGAACAGUUUGAGGCUGCUAGUCUUGUUAAUUUUAUCACCAGUUUUUCCAGAUUGGCUACUCUUUCCAAUAAGAGAUGUUCGUUUCUUAGAGACUCUUCCUGAAAUUCUAUGAAGAUUGAUGAGAUCAGUUUACUUAAACACAUUAGUAAAGAAAAACUUGCAUAAAAGAAUGCCUUACUUCUGAAUUCUGCAAAUAGAGAUUCAAUCCGUGGGUCAGGUUCUAGUUGAAUAACUUGUACAUACUUGUGGGGAUUCCUCAAUUUGUCCUUCUGUGGAGAAGCAGCCGCCGACGAUUUCGUUCCCUAUAUGUACAAAAAUAUUAAUUGUUUAGUAAGUAUCGUGCUAAAUCAUUCAUACAAUGUAAUUUUCAAGAUAAAAAUUACGUAAUUAUUAGCAUAAUCAAAACGAAGUACUAAUACCGUGCUGAUGUGCAUUACCUUCAGAUUGAAAAUCAAUUAUGGGUACUACUACAUCGACUUCAGACCCUGGAUUAGUGUUUUCUGUGGAUGCUUUGCGCCGACGUCGUCGUGAUUCCUCGUUUUCACUUGAAUCGAUUGGUUUAUUGCCGAUGUACUUGUUCAAUUUUUUUAUCGCCUUGUCGUACGAAUCUAUCAAUUUUUUAAAUUAAACAAAAUUUAAAUAAUCUUAGCAUGCAUGUAUAAUUAAGUAUAAUAAAUAAUUACCGUAGGUUCCCACAAAUAAUAUGUCGUAGUUCUUCCAAUCUUUUCCUAUGAGAGCAGUAGGAUCACAUUAGAUCUUGGAAAACUUUUUAGGAAUUGGAUGAGGGAACUUGCACUUUGUCAUAUCCUCGGAAAUCCAUGUGGAUGGCACUACUUCCACCCCUUUGUCAAUUUCGAACUCGUAUAGCACAAAAUUUUUGAGUUUAUCUGACAUUGAGUCGUAAAAAAUCUGACAAAACACUUUAUUGCUAGAAAUAAAAAAUGGAGGGCUAAAUAUGGAGAGAAUUCGACGGCGUGGCUAAGACAGUCAUUCACUAAUAGAACACCAAAUCAAACUAAUACAAUUUUUGUAAUAAAUUAAUGCAGAAUGCUUAGCACAAAUUUUUUGUUAGUAAGUUAUUAGAUGUUUAAUGCGACUUUAAUGCGACUGAAUUUGUACAGUUUCCCGGGUAUAAAUUAUGUAUGAAUUUAGUAGAAGGAAAUCAACAUAAGAAUUUAGUGCAAGUGAAUUCGUACUAAAUUCUCACUAGUUCAUUUGUAUUAAUUUGGUGCUAAUUAACUAGUGACAAUUUAGUGAAUUUCUUGUGUUAGUUUAUUAACAGUGGAAAUAUUCAUAUGAAUUCUGUACGAAUUUUGUACAAAUUCAUAAGUGCGUAUUUUUAUUCACUAAAAUCGCAUUCAUUUGCACUCUGAUUCGCAGUAAAUACGCAUUGAGGUUCGUUGGGUUUGUAUUUAUGUAUCACGUGAGCAAUCACAAUUUUGUAAAGAAGUGAAUCUAAGUGGUAGUGAGACUUAUAAUGCGGGAACUCAGGGAGUUAUGUAAUGGUAACUUGUAAAAUCCGUUAGUCUUAUAAAACAAUUUUUUACAUCUCAGCGAAACAAAAUUAUUCAAUAGUUUACGAAAAAUAUAAAUCUACAAUAGAAAGCAGAUAAGCGAAUUUAUUGUGCGUAGUUUCUAAAUAAGUAUGCAAAUUAGGGACAACAUCUUAAUUUACUUUUAGGUAUACUCUUUUAUUUUCUUGCAUUGUCAAAUGCGAGAUAUUACAACGAAAUAUUACUGCACACUUUCACGUUAAUAAUAUUUUAAAGUUUGAAGAAGCGCCGCUGAAUGAAUAUUCCUUGGCAUCUCCAUAUUUCAGGAAGCGAUACGCUAACAGGCAGGGGAUUAUAGCCGGGGAAAAGUCACCUGUGUUGCAAGUAGAGCUGUGCACGGGCCCGAUUUUUAAAAACCCAGCCCGCCCAGAACCCUACUGGAAAAAACCCGGCCCGCCCGGCCCUACUGGGUUUUUCUGGAAAAAAAGCCCGGCCCGCCCAAAACCCUACUGGAAAAAGCCCAGCCCGCCCGGCCCUAUAGGGCUUUUCUGAGAAAAAGCCCGGCCCGCCCAAAACCCUAUAGGGUAGGGCUUUUUUACUGUAAACCCACCCAUGUGCAGUUCUGCACGUAUUUAUCCUAAAAAACCAGCACUUGCUAAGGCUUUCGGAGACUCGAUUAGACAUGCACACUAGGUAUUAAUAAAAAAUGCAAUGGUGGACAAAUCCAAUGCAUAUUAUUAUCAAUAUUUGCUAAAUUUGAGUUAUUUUAGUUUAAACAAAACUUAAGUUAAGCCCUUGUAUUUAAUAGAACUGUAUUUAUAAUUUGGUCUUAAUCUCACUGAUGUGAUUUACAGUUGAGAUUUAUUUAUUCAUGAAAUUGAUUCGUGUAAUGAAACAGCCAACCAGUGAAACCAACUCCAUAGGAUUACAGAUAAACAAUUCUGCUUUAGCUGGAGCUACAUAAAACUAUGAAGUUUUGUUUCAAAUUGCCAUAUUGUACUUUAUCACUAGGGUAAAUUAAAAAGCCCGAAGCCCUACAAAAAAAGCCCGGCCCGCCCAAAACCCUACUGGAAAAAGCCCGACCCGCCCGGCCCGACUGGAAUUUCCUGGGCAAAAAACCCGGCCCGCCCAAAACCCUAUAGGGUAGGGUAGGGUAGGGUUUUUUUAGGGUAAACCCGGCCCUACGCACAGCUCUAGUUGCAAGCCGCAAGGGUAUACCAACCAGAUCGCAAAUAUUUACAAUUUUAACAUUAACUCAAUACUCUAUUUUUCAAUUUUAGACAUUCCAGAGAUUCCAGGAGGAAACACGGUGUCUGCAGAGGGAAUAAAUUUCAUUCCCAAUUCCGACCUUAUCGCAUCGUAUUCAAAUUCAAAUCUUUCAAUUGGACUGGAGCAGUCUUCACAAGUAUCUUUCACACCCAUUGUACAAAAUUUAGAGGUGGAAUAUGCUACUAAGGAAGAUUUGAUGAGUAAGGGUUGAAAAAUAUUUGGUCAUUAAUAAUUAAA